AAAAUGGAAAUCUGUCCCAUAUUUAGCCCUACAAAACACGAUCACUUUCAUCAAAAGAGGCCGACCUGAAUUGGUAAUUUUUUUUCUUUUUAUUCUAUUUAUCUAUACCAAUGAGUGCUAUUGGGUUGACUCGUAAUUUUUGAAACAUUAAGGGUGGAUGGAAUCCUUGUGGAAGGUGGAUGUAAAUUUUUCUUUUUAUUUAUAAAGAAACUUAUCAUUAGGAAGAAAUGUACAGUGACUUGGACAUUUAUUCAAGUGGCCGACAUAACCCUCUUUAGUCAAGUCAUCAUCCAUAAAGGAAAGGAAAGCAAAGAAGAAAAGCAUCUUUAUCUAGUCAUCCUCCACUCAGAGAAGAAAAUUACUCUCCAUCUCCACAUUCUUAACUUAUAAGGACCCAAAACUCAUUCAAAAGGACAAAGCAUAAAGAAGGAACGAAGCUAGAUGCUGUUACUCCAGUUCUCCUCUUCUAUUCAGAAACUGUAAAGCCUUCUUUAUUCUUUUUUCUUUUUUUUAUCAAGUGCACAUUCUUAGAUCGUGGGGUUGUUUUGAGAAUGAAUUGAUCUGAAGCUCACAAGAUCACCUGAUACAGAGAGAAGGAGCAGCUCACAAGAUCUAUCUUGGAAGGUGACAUUGAUAACUCCAUGUUAGAAGGUGACUGUGGGGAAGAACACCAGAGAGAAGAGAUGACUGUUAACCAAAGGGCAAUUCAGUGAACAUAGGUUGGUAUUUUUUAAAAAUUUAGGAAAAAUGUUGAGUGAUAAGGUUUCAUUUGAUUGUUGUGAGAAAGUGGUCUCUCCUCAUCUUCCCCUAGACUUCCUCACUCUGUAGAGGAAGAGUUUAGGGUGGAUGCUCUGAGUUUGUUAAGGUUUCGUUUCUUUUGAUGUGGUAGAGUUGAGGAGUUCGGUUUCUGCUGAUGGCAAUACCAAAGUUGUAGGGUUGCAAUCGUCUUCUUUAAUACACACAAGGUACGUGAAGGCUUUUAGAAUUGUGCAAGCUUGAGUUUGAUUCUCCAAAACCUAGCAGUUGUAACUGUCUUCUUCAACACAAGGAGGGUGUGUGAAUAAGCUUGAGGUUUUUGCCAUUGUAAAAGAUUGAGGCUCAUAACCUCUCUGCUUAUUUGAAGCUACAACAAUGAACAUGGUUGGAGUUGCCGUUGGAGCCAUCACCGGAGUGGUUAAUUAUUUGGUUCCUCCCUUCACGCGUCACAUUAGUUAUCUUUAUCAUCACAAGAGAAACGCUAAUGACCUUAGAAUUCAAAUGGAAAGACUUGGAGAAGUGACAGAGGAUACACAACGCUUGGUGAAUGCAGCUGAGAUGAGAGGAGAAGUGAUCAGAGUUGUGGUGAAAGGUUGGUUAGAAAAAGUUAAUGGAAUAGUGUCUAAGGAGACAGAAUUGCAGAAUGCACUGAAAGAGAGCAAGGGUUGCCUCCAAGGGGGUUGCUCAGGGCGUUAUAAAGUAGGGAAACAUGCAAAACGCAUGAUUGACGAAGUCAGGGAGCUCCUAAAUGUAGGUGGAACAUUUGCUGCUGCUGGUGUGUCACAUCCUUCUCCGCUUCCUCCCGGCCUAGAAUCCAUGCAAACACUAGAUUUUCAGGAAUACGGUUCCACCAAAUCAGCCAUGUCCCAAAUCAUGAAUGCUUUGAAUGAUGAGAAUAUCAACAUGAUUGGUGUAUAUGGCAUAGGAGGGGUUGGAAAGACAACCUUGAUGAAAGAAGUAGCCAAAAUUUCAAAAAAUGAUGGUUUUUUUGGUCAAGUUGUGAUGGUCAUUGUAUCUCAAAACCCGGACUUGAAGAAGAUCCAAGCAGAAAUUGCGGAGAACUUGGGCCAGCCGCUUACACAAGAGUCCCUAUUAGUGAGAGCAAGAAUUUUAUCAGAGAGAAUAAAGAAGGAGAAACGAACCCUCCUAGUCUUGGAUGAUUUGUGGAAACCACUGAAUUUAGUAGAGGAGGUAGGAAUUCCCUAUGGAAACAACUGCAAGGUAGUUCUCACAACAAGACAGCUUGAGGUGUGUAAUCAAAUGAAGACCCAAUCCAAUGUCGAAGUAAAAGUUCUAUCAGAAGGAGAUGCAUGGGUUCUAUUCAAAUGGGCUGCUGGAGAUCGUAUAGAGGUCGACGAUACGCUACGUCUGGUGGCGAAUGAAGUUGUUAGAGAAUGUGCAGGUUUGCCCUUAGCAAUCGUUGUAAUUGGAAGUACAUUGCGAGACAAGGACCAGCAUACAUGGGAAGAUGCAGCUAGCGAACUCAAGAAAUCAAGCUCAUCACCACCGGAUAUUGAAGGUGUGCAUAAUAAAAUAUUCUGCCCCCUAAAAUGGAGUUACGACUUUCUUGAUAAUGAUGCCACCAGAUUUUGCCUCUUGCUAUGUUGUAUGUUUCCUGAAGACUACCUUAUUUCUGUUGAGGAUGAUUUGCUUCCUUAUGUGGUGGGGGAGGGGUUGUUUGAAAAUGUUCACACCCUUACUAAAGCAAAGAAUAGGUUGCACACGCAGGUGGAAAGACUUAAGCGAUCAUGCUUAUUAUUAGAGGAUGAUAGAGAAGGAUAUGUAAGGAUGCAUGAUGUUAUUCGGGAUGUGUGUAUAUGGAUUGCAUCCAGUGAAGUCCAUGGUUUUGUUGUAAAAUCUGGUAGACCAUUGACAAUUUGGCCUGAUGGAGAGAUCCUAAAGAAAUGCAAGUGACUUUCAUUAAUAGAUAGUCAAAUUACCAAGCUCCCCAAUCAGAUCGAUUGCUCUCAGCUUGUGAACUUAUCCUUACGUAGAAAUCAGGAUUUGACGGAAAUCUCUGAUGGAUUUUUUCUAGGGAUGAAAUCAUUGAUGACUCUAGAUCUGAAUGACACAUGUAUCUCUUCGAUACCAUCUUCGUUGUGUUGCUUAAUGGACCUUCGAGUGUUGCUUAUCAGUGGAAUUGAGGGUUAUGGUGUCUCAUUGCGUGGGAAGUUGAAGAAAAGUUUUGAUGUCUCAUUGCUUGGGAAGUUGAAGAAACUUGAAAUCCUUCGCCUAUCAAGAUGCAAUGUAAAAAAAUUAUUGGCAGAAGAUGUAGAAGAGCUUACAAAUCUGAAGUCAUUGGAUUUGUCAUUGAAUAAGAAGUUGAUUAUUGCCCCGAAUACUCUAUCGAGGCUGCCUCUUUUGGAAGAAAUCAAUCUGGAGGAAAGCUUUGAUGAGUGGGGGCAGAUUGUCGACAAAGGAUCAAAUAAUAUUGGCUUAUCUGAGGUUGCAUCUUUGUCUGCUCUGACUACACUAUACAUAAGGAUACCGAAUAUCAAAUAUUUGUCUGCAAAUAAUAAUAAUAUCCCAAUAUUUCGUUGGGAAAACAUGACACGCUUCAAAGUGAUUUUGGGAAACCUUGAUUGGUUUAAUAUUCCCUUUGAGGUUCCCUUUGAGGCCGAGCAAUGCGCAUUGUUUUUUGGUGGAAUAUCCAUCCCUCAUCAUCCACAUUCUGAUUGGGCGAGGUGGUUGAUCUUUUUGUUGGAACGAACAAAAAAGCUACUGCUCAGAGAGUGUCAUGGUCUUAAUAAGUACGGUUUAAGCAGCCUAAUUGGUGCAGGAGGAGCAGGGGGAAUAAGGGUUUUGAAUAAGUUGCAAAUUCUGUGGGUUGACAGAUGUGAUGAUGUGGAAUAUGUUUUGAGUACUACGACUAAUACAACCACUGUUGUUGAUGAGGCAGAAGAUGAAGGACAUCAUCAUCAUUAUCAUUAUCAAAUUCAAGAUGAGGUUCCACAGCAAAUCACAACAUUCAGCAGUUUGAAAAUGCUAGACUUGCAGUACCUACCGAAAUUGAAGGCAAUCUGCCAAUAUGGGUCUAUUCCAGUUCCAAGUACUGGUGGAGGAGGAGGAGGAUUCUUCAACAACCUAAGAUCUCUAUAUGUGUCUGGUUGUUCGAGUCUAAUUAGUAUCAUACCCUCUGAUCUGCUGGCAAACCUACCAAAUUUAGAACAACUCGAGGUAAGGGAUUGUUCUAAAACGACUGAGAUAUUCAACUCCAACGACCAAGAAGGGCAUCAUCAGCAGGCUACAACAUUAAUAUUGCCGAAACUAAGACAAUUGGAACUAAGACACCUCCUUUCUCUAAGGACCAUAUGGGAUGGCGUUGUUUCACCUUCAAGCCUCCUGAACCUAGAGUACAUAUACUUAUACAACUUGGGAAUGAACUUUGUGUUCUCACUAGCCAUGGCGCAGAGGCUUCAACAACUAAAGGAGCUUCAGAUUUGGAAUUGUGAUAAUAUGGUGCAAAUAAUCUCAUUAUUAAUGGAAGGAGAAGAUGAGUUAGAAAAGGAGGAGGCCAUCAUCACUUGCAAGAAUACGGUACUGUUUCCUCAACUUCGGGUUCUAAGGUUAAUCAACCUGCCAAAUCUCUCGAUGGUGAGUAAAAGGGUGUUACGCAGCAGCAGCAGCAGCAGCCAUGAUUAUAAUUUUUUUUAUUGGCCUUCAUUGGAAACAUUGACAGUUGAGAAAUGCCCCAAUCUGAAAAGGUUUCCCAUGAGUCUACAGAAAAACGCAAUAAAACUGAGGGAAAUUCAAGUAGAAAAAGAAUGGUUCAAUGCGUUGGAGUGGAAUGAUGAUGAUGAUGACGACCAAACUCAUCAUGAUAAGUUGCAAAACCUACAAGAAAAAGGAGUCAAGGUUGAAUUUGAAAGGCAAUGGUCAUAUUGAUGACGAUGUUGAAGAAGAAUAAUUUGACAACACAGAUGGUGACUAACAUUCUGAUGCCUGAUUGCCCGAGAAGAAAGGAGAUACCGGUCGGCCACGAUCUUGAUUAGUUUGCAUUUGGAGUGCUACAAAUUGGAUUUGUUGAGAUAUUGAUUGAUAAACAGUUCAAAAGUUAGAGUUUUGAGGGAUUUUUUUUAGAGUGAUCAUUACUAUGUUGUUUGAUGUCAUCUGUUUCUUAUGAUGUAGUUGUUCAAACCUGUAAUUUAAUUGAUUUGGAACUUUGGAUGA